UAGGCCCAGUUGUAGUAUCGCAUGUGAUGCAUCAGCACUACACUGUUGAUCUGCUGUAAGCUCCUCUCCCCGAGGAAGGUGCCACCUUCAAAGCCAGUGGCCCUCCCCAAACACAUGUUAAACGUCUUACAGCCUGAGAAAAUCAGUAGAGCACAACAAAGCAAUAGGAGAGAGUGUGCCUUCCCCUAUUACAGCAAGCAAUGCUCCGGGCUGUGCUGUGGAUUCAAAGUUUAUCAACUGUGGGAUCUCUUGCUUUGGUUGCUUGUGACAUAAUUUAGGAUUACCAUGCCUGCAGUGUGAAGACAUUGCCCUUAAGGAUGCUUUCGUACUAUCAGGACAAACAAGGAGAAAUCUGAUCAGGACCCUGGGAAGAGUCCAAACUCCUUUUUUGAAAAGUGUCAUGGAUCACUAAGUCUUCACCUGAGCAGCCAUCACAGCAGUCAGACAACAUACCUCAGUUUAACGCAUCACUGGAAUGAUAACACCAUCAUUGUGAAGUGCCACCUUUGUACUGGCAUCAAAUGUUAGUGCUACAAGUUGAACUAAGUUUAGGGGAUGGGAAUGGGGACUGAACGUAUAGCAUUCCUGUCACCUACUGUCAGAAAUGAAUAUGUCCUUUACUGAGACGGAAUAUGCUACUGAAAAUGGCAAGCAGGAAUGUGAAGAGAACAAAAGAUGUUGCAAAACCAAAACAAAAAGGGAGAAGCUGGCAGUGGCUCGGUUGCAGCGGGAAGUUGCACGAAACGAGAGUGAAGGAACAAUGCGUGAGAAGCUGAUACAUGAGUUGGAGGAAGAAAGACGCAUGCGACUUGAGAGUGAGAAACGUUUAAAGGAGGUAAAAUUGGAGGCAGAACGUAAUCGGUCUCAGAUGCGCAUACUGCAGCAGCAGUUUUCCAGAAUGGAAGAGACGGUUCGAAACCUGUUACAAAAUCAAGGGUCUUUUGAAGAUGAUACAACUGAACCAGAUGAUAUUAUCAAAGAGUGCCAGGGAAAAUUAUGUGAAGAAGUAAUAAAACAAAAGGAUUCAUUAGAACAUCCAAACACUGAAGUGAUUGAAGAUUGUAAAAGUGGGAAUGAUAGCAGUGAGGAAGAAAAAACAAAACAACUCCUAGAGCGUUUAAAAACCUUAGAGGCAGAAAACUCAGCAUUGGCACUAGAAAACGAAAACCAGAGAGAACAGUAUGAGCGAUGCCUUGAUGAGGUUGCCAAUCAAGUUGUUCAAGCUCUUCUAACUCAAAAGGAUUUAAGGGAAGAAUGUUUGAAACUGAGAUCACGGGUGUGGGACUUGGAACAGCAGAAUCGAACACUGAGUACCCUUUUCCAGCAGAGACUAAGACCAGCUUCUGAUUUGCUUUUUCAGAAACUCCAUUCUCACUUUUUUGAUCUGUCAUCUGGAGACCUGGUUUUAGAGCAAGACAAAAGGAGAAGCCUAGUUCAUCCAAGAGCAACAGAAUUUCGUAUUCAUGAUUCCCAGCUGAAUAGUAAACCUGGAAAACAUGUUUUAAAAUGUCAGGCUCAAUUAAAUAUGACAGGAUCCAGUCAACUGUACCCCCAGAGCAGCUGUAGCAGCAGUGAACUCUCUUUGUCGAGUGUCUGUAGUGAAUAUUCCAGUGGAUCGUGCACAUGGAAUGAUGGAAGAGCAUGCAGUAAAACAUCAUCAGCAAAAUGCAGCAAAAGAAUUAGUACCAGCUCUUCUGUCCCCAGCAACUUGUCGAGCCCCAUUGAUGAACUUCCUCCAGUUCAAAAAAAAGAAUGUCACAUUUUAAAAGGACUUAAGAAACUACAAAACAAUAAAUUUUUGCUUGAACCUUCUUCCCUUUUGUCAAAAUGGGGAUACAAGGACUGCAUGGACUCUAAUGAAGGCAUUUACUCCCCCGGAACAAAAUGUGCCCAUCAUGGUAAGCAGAAGACUGCUGUUCCGAAGAGACCUGUAGAUGUAAGCACAUGCAUUCAUCAUAGCAGAUCCUUCAUUUAUGAGUCUGACUCCCACGAUGACGCAGAUGAUGAAUCAACAGUGCCAUCUCUGUUGCAUGAAUUGCCAAGGAAAGACUGUAGAACACAUUGUAAGAGAUUGACUCAUAGUUUGUCAGAAAAUGUUUUUAGCUGGGAACACAGAAAAGCAGUAGCAGAAAGGGUUCCAUUCCUUAAUUCAGAAGAAAGGCCAGAAAAACUCACCAGUUUUGUAAACUAUUUCCACAAUGGCCUACAGGCAUGCACUUCAACAGAUAUAAAACCAACAGAUUUGCACUUUGAAGGAAGAACUGCUGAUAGAGAUUGCAAGGACAUAAUUCUACGGCUUUCUGACACUGAAGACGUUGAAAUUCUUGAUGAACUACAUAUUGGUAGUACAGAUGAGAAAAAUUCUGCAGAGCUUUUAAAGAAUUCAUGUGCAGAUGUUCUGGACAAGGUAUCUGACAGAAUUUCUGAUCUUAAGAAACCUCCUUGCCUGACAUCAGAGAAACUAGGCACUGUAUCAUCGCCUUUCUCAGAUAUUAGCCAAAAAAAUUGUAAUUUUGCAAAAGAGCAGAAUAUCAUAAAGAAAACAUCAUCUCAAGAAUGCAUUACUAUAAUAUUUGAUGCUGAGGAUGGGGAACCAAUCCAGCUGUGUUCCCAGCAAACUGGAAUAAUUGCAUUAAGUCAGAGACAGUCUCCCGUAGGCCAACAACACACUUACUGUAGCACAAAAUCCACAAAUCACACAUCUCAGGAAUUAUCUAGUUGCCACACUGAAAAGGAGAGUUUGAACUAUUCUGUGUUAGAGUCUUCAAAAGGUGAAAUAUUUCAAAGACAUUUAAAAGACAACCUAGAUGUUACAGCAACAGCUGAUCCUAGCUUAUGCAUUAACUCUUUGCAUUCUGCUAAGUUACCAAUUCAAAAUUCUCAGCAACAAAAAUUAAGUAAGCCAUCCAGUAAAUCUUACAAAAGUAACUCCUGUUCUGCAAUGCUGCCUUCUGUUCCUCAAAAACAUGUAACAAAAAUACCUGGAAAAGGAAAAUGCUCACCUCAAAAAGCAAAUAAUUUUUCUGCUACUGAAGUUGCUCAUGGUUCCACAUUAACUGGUCAGAAUAGCACAGAAAAAUCCCCAUCUUCUCCCCCAGUGAAACUCUCUAAAUUUAUAAAAGCACCAUUGACUUGUGGUCUGAAUGUAUCUUCCCAGACAGACAUGAGCAUUCUAAAGCACACUGUAGUUGUUCCAGAAAGUGCUAAAGUUUCAUUUAGGAAUGAUGGGACAAAAGAACAGUGUGCUGAAGUUACCGAAUAUGAUUUCCUUCCCAGACAUCAGAAAGGACUCUGUGAUUCUAAUGAACUGCCAACACAAGAUAAACACUCUGAGUCAGAAAAAACAAAAUCUCAUUCACUCCUUUCACCCUCAGGUAAACCAGUAUCAUUGUUAUUAAGACCAAACUAUGAACAUUCCUCUCCUGCUUCAGAAAAAUCAGGGGCCACUUCUUGUAAUGAAACACAUAAAACAGUUUUUUCAAAUAUGAAACUUCAGUAUGUUAAUAAGUCUGCAGAGCAGCAGAAUCCAUCAAAACUGUCUACUUAUUCAGCAAGUGGUUCAGAUUUGACUGGAAAAAAUGUAGGGCAUCUUAACUGUGAUGUGAAAACGCAAACUCCCAGUGAUGCCAUGCCCACAGAAGCUCAUUCUCAAAUACAUCACACACCUACAAAAUUGUUCAAUAAAAGGAGUCCUGUAAAAUCAUCUGGUCCUGUGGAGGAAGGCUUUGAUAGAGACAUAAAUGACAUGCAAACAAGAAAGACCAAAAAUCCAUCCUUUACAAACAUUCCCCAGAAAAUACAUUUUCAGCACACAUCUCCAAGCAAAACAGGGCAAACAAAUGCAGAAGGGAUACCUCAGCAGUCUAAAUUGUCAAGAUGCACAACAGCAUUGCCACAAUGUAACAUGAUUAAUAAUAGUGAAUCUUCUUUAGCUCAGGUCAGUUUUUGUGAAAAAGAACCAUUACCCCACGGUGCUGAAAAUGAAAACAGUCUACACACUGCUCAAGAGGUGUCCUUAAAGACAUCAAUUCAAGAUGGAAGUAAAGCAUUUGCUAAAUCCUCACAGAUCCUCAGGAAAGGUUCCAUAGUUCCUGCAAAGCAUGAAAAAGACAAUAUUAAUUCUGCUUCAAAAGACAGUUUGAGUUUAUCUAGCCCUACACCAGAUGUCCCAAACCAUGCAAUAGACAGUGGACCUAUCAGUCCUGAACCACUGGGCAGUGCUGAGAAAGAUGAGUUUUUCAUUAAAUUAAAUAGGCAAAAAAAUUCAUCUCACUUACAUGACAUGACAAGUUCAGUACAUGAUAAAGGAGAAGAGCUGGAUAACAAGUUGUUUAAGAGAUCAUUUUCUGCUGUUAACAAGCCACAUUUAAAACCUGCCCUUGGAAUGAAUGGAGCAAAAGCCCGCAGCUACAGUUUCAGUGUACAAACUGGAGAAAAGCAAAGUUCUACCAUGUUAGAAGGACUUGGAAAAGUACGAACCCAAAUUAUUACUAAUUCUGCAGAAAGAGGAACCUCUUUAUCAAGACAGAACUCAUUAGUUGAAGGACUUCAGGGUAAAGUUAGUGUAUCAGGACCAGAGGACAGUGCAUGUUCCUUCAAUGCAAUGGAAUUGUCGUCCUCAGUUCAAGGCUCUCAUGGAAGCCUGAACUGCACAAGUAGCCAGCAAAAUAGCCCUAGUAAAUUACCCUGUAGAACAACUCAAAAUGUAGAUGACCCUCUUACCUGUUCAAAAAGUGAAGAAAGUAAACCUCUUCACAAUGAUAUACAAAGAGUACCUCUCAGUAAUAAUUCUGGUGUUAAAAUUGAAAAACAUAGUAGUCUGCUUGCAAAAGGGACAUUGCAAAAUGUAAAUGAAGCAACACGAUCACCAAGUCUGCUUUCAGAAACUAUAAAGCAAAGUACAAGUAAAAUGAAGACCCCCUCAAAAGUUGAAAUAAACAUGCCAAAAAGAGGUAGCCCCAUAAAAAAUUCAGAUAGUGUCUGUAAAGUAACUAACAUAAAGAUGAAGCAGGAACAACAGCCUACAAUAGAAGAAAAAGUAAUGAUGGGCAUUCAGGAAAACAUGCAAAAAGGGCAAGAUAAACUACCAAAUGGAGAGGCACGACAAAAAACUGGAGCGUCAAUAGUAAGUUGGUUUGGAUUUCGUAAGAGCAAGCUUCCACUAAGUGGAAAGAAAUCAGACUCCAGUAAGGGGAAAGAGGAAAAGAAAGAGAUAAAGACCUCUACAGGGCAAGCAUGUAAGCAAACAAAAUCCGAGAAGAAAAAGGACAAGAAGAAAUAUGAACAUUUGUAUGGCAGCGAAAAUGAAAAGAACAAAAACAGUGCGCGUGCUGACAUGUUGGACUGCGAAGUAAAUAGUCAGCACAAUCCGUUUUCUCAAGCUUCAUGUGGUCAAUCUAAUCCUGAAGAAAUUGAAGAUUGUUCCCCUACAACUUGCAAAAGAAAAGACCAGUUUAUCAAGGAACUUUUAAACAGAGUUGAUAAGAAAGCAGCACAGCAGACAGAAAGCAGAAAAAAUCAUGUUUCCUACAGGAAUAUGUUGAAGGGCAGCUCCCAGGACUCUGCUUUUCUGAGUAACUCUAUCAGCAGUCAAGAAUACACCAUGAAAAACAGCAGAACGAAAGCAGAUAUGGAAAUUCAGAGCAAAACUUUGACUAAUGAGAUGUCAAUGAACUUGACUGAGAAUGAUGAAGUAACAACUGUAGAGACAGCAGGUCAAGACAGCGGGAUAGAAUCUAGUUGCCAGAUGAGAACGCUGGACAGCGGUAUAGGUACAUUCCCUCUUCCUGAUUCAACAUUUAGAACCAAUGGGCGAUACUUUAUAAAAUCCAAAUCUAGCCUGGAGUCUGAGGCAGUCAUACCUCCUGAACAUGAAUUUCUUCAUUCAGGCCUUCCUACCAAAGCUAGGACCCUUGAGAGAGAAGUGCCUAUAGUCCCUGAAACCUACUGUGCUGUGGACAGCAUUGUUAAUCAUUCUUUGUCAGAUCCUACUGUCACGGAAAGAGUUAUCCAGUCUUUUCAGAGCUGCCUUCCUAAGCCAGCCACCUCAGGUAUAGAAAUUCAUAAGAGAAAGGACGAUAUUAAUAAGGCCUUCACAUCUUUCACGCAUCCAGACAUGACUAGGAAACAAGCAGAUAGGCAAAAUAAUGCGCAACAGCAGAUCACCAAGCAGUCUGCAAAGUCACAGGAAAAAGCUCUAAGAGUAAUCACUUACUCCACAAGCAGCAGUGAUACGGAGUCAGAAACUGAGUAUGAAAGUAAUCAGCUUGCAAACAAAGGGGAAGAAUUGCUCAGGAAAAUGAAAACCAACAAGCAUGUUGCUGCCAAGGAGGAAGACAGCACUUCCGAGAAAACCUUUAUUGCUAAUCCAGUUUCAAUCAUGGACCUCUACCAACACAAUCUUUAUGUCCAUUUUGGAGAAAAGGAGCCCCAGCAGGUUUCACAUUUCAAAAUUAUUGAACAGCUACAAGAGAAUACUUGCAGUGAAGCAAAAGAUGAGGCUGUUUCUAGAUUCCAGAAACUGAAAGAAGACGGGAAAGAAGACCCCAAGCUUAACAGUUUAUCUAAAAUCACCUUGGAGUCCCUUAAUAAAUUUAACUGCAAUAGUGUCAGGUCACUGGACAAAGAGACUUGUUCUGCAAAUAAUACAGAAGGAGAAAAAGACAGCAAAGAAAAUGAAAAAGCUGUUGUAUGUACCCCCCACAAGCCUGGUGUGGAAAAUUCAGAAACUUUAAGUGAUUCUUUAUAUGAUAGCUUCUCAUCAUGCGCCAGCCAGGCUUCCAAUGAUGUAUGAAGACACUUGAAAUGAAAUGUGCAUUGCUAUCUAUAAUUCUCUUACAAUACCGAGUGGAAAAAUAAAUAAAUAAACUGAGCUGCUGAAAGUGACUUAGAAUUGUACCUGCAAAGCAGGCAAUUUCUGUUCUGGCCUUCCUGUUUCACACAGCAAUAAUAAAAGACUACUUUUCGUAGCAGUGCUUACAGCUUUUACAAGUUCUUUUAUUAUACAAAAAGAAAACUUUAUUUUGCACUGUUUCAAAAUAAUGUAUAGAUGUUUGUAAAUUAAGAAAGAAAAAGAAUUAUAUUUGUAGCAAAAAGAUGAAAGCAAUAAAUAACAUUUGGUACCAUGGUUUCUGCAGUCGCAAAUAUCUAACUGUAUAAAUGUGAGACUUGUAAUGAAAUGGUCUGUUGGUUUUAAAUAUACAUGGAUCCCACAACUGCUUUUCUCAUUAUGUUUGGCAUAAACUUGCUGCCUGUAAAGUUCAAGCCUGACCAGCAGCUCAACACCACAUGCAGCAGUUUUAUUGCUUUAGAGAACCCUGUUUAAACACAGUUUCAGUUCAGAAAUGCAUUUUUUGUUUGUUUUGAGAAUAUGAACAGAAGUGCAAUAAUUCAAACUUAAUUUGCAUAAAACAGCACAUAAAAUGGAACAGAGUUUGGCUUUAAUCAAAAUACGUCGCAGCUUGGAUUAUAGUAUGUCACACAAAAAUUACAGAAGUAAAGUACUUCUGAACUUGGCACUAGUUGAAGCAUCUUCACUGUAGAACAUUUCUAACUCGCUAAAUGCCUGUAAGGAGUAAAUAAUGCAGAAUUCAUUGAUGCUAUCUUGUUAUUAAAAGAGAACCCAUCUGCACUUGUUGCAUGCAUACACUCCAAAUAUGCCAUGUGAACACUAUGAAGCAAUAUGCCAUAUUUCAAUUGAUUGUCCCAGUUAAUAAAAAGGAAAUAUGACUCAUUUAAACAGUCAUACCUUAAGUUUGCUUGCAUUCUGACCAUACAUUAUUAAGGUUGUGGGACGCUUAACCAGAGUAUUUACAUUGUUGACAAAACAUCACAAACUACUUGUUAAAAAGUAAAAACAUCAAGAAGAAUUAAGUCAUAGAAAAGUCAUCAUUUAUGACUGUUUAUUCAUUUACCAUUCCUCAGUUUUAGCAGAGCUGAGAAAUUUUGAUUUUCCGAAGGAUUUUGUCUUCAUGUUACAAUUUGUCUAUACAUAUAUUUCUUGUUAAGCAUUAACGCGUACAAUGUUUGGGAAGAGUACAUGCAAUUUCAUUUAUUUUUUUCUUCUCCACACUUAUAAACUAGAAUAAAUUAUACUGAUGCAUUGCAAGAAUUCUUUGCCUAUAAUGUUUGCAGAGAAAAGUCACACAUAUUAAUGGUAGUCAUUAGAUAUAAACAAAUGCAGAAAAACUACAACAUUUUCAAAAUUUGGAUCGUUUCAAGCAAAGAGAAGUGAUGUCUGAAUACAAAUGGAUGCAACUUGUGCCUUUAAUUUUAAAUAACUUUAUUACUUGCAGGCGGUGUGGUUAUUUAGAUUUGUUGUUAGUUACUUUAUUUCAUGGCUCGACCUUUUCUGGUCAAUGUUUUAUGUGUUGUGAUUUCAUUUGUUUGAUUUUAUGAUAGAAAUCAAGAAAUCAUAUAUAAAAUUUAGCCAGGGACAGACAUAAGUCUGGGAUUCAAUCCUGACCUCCACUGACUUUAUGGUCUUGCAUAUAUAUUCCUUAUGUCAGCAUGUUUUUUGUCUGGGUACUCCAGUUUCCUCCAACCUGCCAAAAACAUGCUACUAAAAUAGCCACACUAAAUUGUCAAUUUGCGUAUGUUAUAAUUAUCAAAGCUGAGGAACAACUGGAGCCGGAUCACUUCCAAACUUAUGUCAACACAACUUUAUUCCAAAAUUAUCUGAGUUAAGCCCUUACAUCCAAAUGACCUCAUCAGAUGAUCUUUUUCAUGAAAACACUUAGCUCUGACAAUUUGGGAAUAACGUUGUGUUGACAUAGGUUUGGAAGUGAUUCGGCUGCAGUUGUUCCUCAACUUUGAUAUUUAUGAAGAAGUUCUUUCGAUGAAGGAGCUUAACUCUGACAAUUUUGGAAUAAAGUUGUGCUGGCAUAAGUUUGGAAGUAAUUCGGCUUUAGUUAUUCCUCAGCUUUGAGAUCUGAGUUCAUUAUUUUUGUUACUAGUUUGUUUAUGUUAGAAUUAUCUUUGUCAUUAUGGUCCAGGCCAUCUCUGAAAAGGGUUUACGGCCCAGAACACUGACAUUAAAUAAAUAAAAAAAUAUUUUUUAAAUUCUAUUUUCUUUUAAAUAUGGGUUCCAUGACCUGUCGUGCAAUUCCUCACAACAGACAGAUUUUACUAUAACAUGUCACUUUUGUUUUAAAACCUUAGAAUGUGUCUGACUGCAUACUUUUCAUUCUGAUAUGGAAGUAUUACUGCUUUUAUUAUUUUGUUAUAAGGUAAAGUAAUAUAUCAAUCUGUUGUAAAAUCUCAUUUUCUCUAUGGCAAAUUUUGACUAAAUACACACAUAUGUGAUUUUGCAUAUAGAUACCCCCCCCCCCAC